AUGGCGAAUCAAGAUCAAGUUUCUUCUUCCACUGCUUCUCAAUCUAAUGCUCAUCGUGAGCUUUCUCCAAUGGAGGAUCCGAGAAGCCCUUUCUUUUUGCACCAUGGAGAGUCACCAGGUGCGAUUCUCGUUACUCAGCUCUUGACUGAGGACAAUUACCCCAAUUGGGCUAGGGCUAUGCUUAUGGCACUAGAUGCGAAGAGCAAGCUGUGUUUUGUUGAUAGCUCUGUCACGAUUUCUAUGGCUGUCACACCCCUGGAGAAAAUUGCUUGGUCGAAGAACAACUCCAUGAUUUCCUCAUGGAUUUUGAAUUCCGUUUCACCUUACAUCACUGCAAGUGUGAUCUACAGAAACACUGCAAUGGAGGUUUGGAAUUCACUCAGAAAUCGUUUUUCUCAAGCUAAUGGUCCACGGAUUUCACAGCUUCAGAAGAUGAUCUCAACAAUUAUGCAAGGAGAUGCAACCGUGACUACCUACUUCACUAAUCUUCAAGCAUCAUGGGAUCAGUUACUCAAUCUCAGGCCUUCACCAUCUUGUUCAUGUGGUCGAUGCAUUUGUGGAGUGAAUGAUAAAAUCACACUCUUCAAUCAUCAAGAUGCAUUGAUGCAAUUCCUCAAUGGCUUGAAUGAAGCUUUCUCACAAGUUAGAACUCAGAUUCUGAUGAUGGAGCCAAGUCCUUCAAUUGACAAAGCCUUCUCUUUGGUGAUACAAGAAGAGAGGCAGAGGGCUUUAGGUUUCAAUGGAGGUGGUGUGUCAGUUGAUUCAACAGCUCUGGCAGUCAAGACUCAAGGGUUCAAUCAAGGAGGAAAGAACAAAGGCAAAGGCAGACCUAUCUGCAGUCAUUGUGGAAAACUUGGCCAUUUCAUGGAAAAAUGCUACAAACUAGUAGGAUUUCCACCAGGAUACAAUCAAAAAGGCAAAAUUUCUGUGGCAAAUCAAGUGAUUUUUGAUGGUGAAAAUGGUUAA